UUCUCUCUCUACCUUUCAUUCAUUCUCUCUCUAGAAUGAGAACAAAAAAAAACUAAAAAAAAAAAACACAAACAACACAGAAAAUUCAUAUAUUUGAUUAUGAUUUCUUCAUCUUUACAUCCAAUCCAAAUGCAUCAGAUCAGACUGUAAUUGAUCCCCUGAACUUUGAACGGAUUUAGAAAAAAAAAAAAAAAUUAGCUGGUGUUUAUGAAUUUUGGUGAAGUGGGGGGUUGUUGCAAUUGAAUUGAUGAUGAUGACGAGUGAGAACUGGAUCUGAAAGACUGAAACCCUAAUUAAUCGGCUUUUGGAUUUCACCGGAAACUGAUAAGGUGGCAAGUUUAUGAUGAAGAUGAUCUGGUGAUAAAUAAUAUUUUAUUUGAUUUUAGUGAUAAAUAUACGUAUAUAAAUAUAUAUAUAUCGGCACAUCUGACGAAAAAUGCAAGUGAGGCAUCGAAUUGGGCAAGGGAAUGGUCCGAAUGGAUACAGAUCAAAUGCUAUGGGGGGCUCGAGAAUUUCACCUGAUGGUUCGAUGAGAGAUCAUCAGUUGUAUAAUCCUGAGCGAAGGAGCUAUCGUGGCGGCUAUGCACGUGGUGGCGGCGGCGGCAGUCACUCAAGGCCGUUUCAUCCGACACCUCAUCACCAGCCGCCACCUCAGCAUAUGCCGCCUCAUCAUCCUCCGCGGGAGAAUGACGUAUUCAUGGAAGCAGGUAGACUAGCGGCGGCGUAUUUGGUUUCCAAAGGCGUGUUGCCGCCAAACGCACUAUCGGGAGGGAAGUGGCGAAACGACAGCUCGAUUAUGCCGCAGUUAGUUAGGAGAAAUUAUUCUGACGAAAGAGGGAGGAGAAAAAUAACGGGGUCGUUCAAGAAUUACGAAUCGGGGGCGAAAAGGCAGUUGGUAAGAAGUGGAUCGUUGCCUGAAAAGAGUACGGCAUCAGUAUCGCCAAAAAUGGAGGCUCGUUUUGAUGACGUGGCGGUCGUGCGUAAAGAUAGUGAAAUAACUCGAGAAGGUGAUAAUGAAACUCGUUUAGAGUCUGGAUUGGAGAAAUGCAACUCGGUUGAAGAAUCGGAUGCUGAUGUGGAAACCAUCAAAGGGUCCGAUGAAGAAGAGGGGCGAAUUGGUAAUUACUCGGAACAAAACGAUGAAGAGAAUAAGGAGGAGGGCAAUUUGGUCCGAGUGGAUAAUGUUGAUUCAUCGAAGGAAGUCGAGAAUGUUCCCACUGAAGUCCCUACUGAACAUGAUAAUGAUUCUGUAAUGGAGAGAGGUGAAAAACGAGUACUCGAUGACGUGGCGGAUUGUAGGGAGGGCACUUCUAAAAGACCUAAAGAAAAUGUUGCAUCGAUCGAUGUUCAAUCUGAUGGCUGUUUGCCUCUUUCUAACUCGUUGGAAAAUCGAACGAACAUUUCAUUUUUUCCAGAAGAUAACGCUGAGUCAUCGAAGCUCGUGCAAGAGAAGACAUAUGACCUGGAUCUUAUUGGGGCUUUUGAUGUGAACGAGAGCCAAAAUAAUGAUGUUGCUUCUGUUAUUAUUUCUCCGUCCGUUGCCGAAACUAAUAAGAACGAUGCGACACCUGUCGAUGUUGAUUUGUCUAUGAACUAUAAUUUCAAUAUGCCGAAGAAUAAUGGAAAACGCGGCAUUAUUAAAGAUGCCGAAAUUGAGGUUAUCGAUUUGGAUAACGAUUCCGGUCAAGAAGAUCAGAUCUUCGGCAGUCCCGAGAGAAGGGGAGAUGCCGUAUUUACUGAUCUGGAUGGCUUUCCAAAUAACGCGCACAACCCUGACGAGAAUCCCGAUAGUCAAGAUGGUUACGGGCUUAUGAUAUCAGAAUUACUAGGAAAGGACAACGAAGUGGGGAUUCCUGGCGACGACGACUCGAUCUAUAUGUCACUCGGAGAAAUACCGAUAAGUUUUUUGAGGGCAUGGGAGCAGCCAACACAGGACUACGGUAAACCAUUUUGAGGCGUGUACAAUCGAGAGCAAGCCGACGAUUCGAAGAAGUUGAAUUUGUUCGAACAAUGUAACAGUAGAUUCUUACAUGUCUGUAACAAAUGUAUUUUUAGAUGCAACUAUAGAAAAUGUCUGAAGAAGAACAUUUAAAUGUCUUGAAAAAUACUAGUACAUUUUUAACCUUUACAAGGUUGGGAUUAGUUAGGAGUGUGCAACUUACAUAUAUAUAUUUUCUUGUUCAGAUUCUUA